AAUGUAUGCUCUUUAUAAUCUAGCGUGAAUCAAUAACCAUUGUCCGAAGCAGGGAAGCGACGCAAAGUGUUCCUCUAUGGGGCUUGACGCGCCAUCACUGAAACUAGUAGGACACGGACAAUUCAAGCGUGUUAAUCCAAACUCUGAUCUCUUUAAGGUGAUCAAAUUUCAUCACAUCGAUUGGUGGUGUUCUGAUGCUACCAGCACUCAGAGAAGGUUUGGCUGGGGCCUUGGGAUGCAGCUUGUGGCAAAGUCGGACCUGUCCACAGGAAACUCAACCUUCGCCAGCUAUGCAUUGAAAUCGAACGACCUGGUGUUCUCAUUCACAGCUCCCUACUCUACGAAAGUGGAGAAGAGCAAGGAAAGCAAGUCGCCAAUCCCAUGGUACAAAGCAGACAUGGCGCUCAACUUCAUAGCAGCACACGGACUCGGCGUCAGAUCAGUAGGGGUGUUGGUCGAGGAUGCAGCAGAGGCACACCAGAAGGCGACGGCGCACGGAGCAGUGAGUGUGGUGGAGCCAGUGACGCUGAGGGAUGAGGCGAGUGGGACAGAGCAGGUGGUCUCAGAGGUGAACCUGUACGGCGACGUGGUGCUGCGCUUUGUCAGCGGCUCGUAUCAGGGUCCCUAUCUGGCGGGCUAUACGGCGGUGGAGUCUCCGCCGCUGAGUUACGGGAUACAGCGGCUGGACCAUGCGGUGGGCAACGUGCACGACCUGGAGAAGGCCGUCAAUUACAUCGCGCGCGCCACCGGCUUCCACGAAUUUGCAGAGUUCACCGCCGAGGAUGUUGGCACGGUGGACUCUGGCCUGAACAGCAUGGUGCUGGCCUCCAACAACGAGCGCGUGCUGCUGCCAGUCAACGAGCCCACCUUUGGCACGCGGCGCAAGUCCCAGAUCCAGACGUUCUUGGAGCAGAACGAGGGCCCUGGGCUGCAGCACCUGGCGCUGAAGACAGAUGACAUAUUCAGUACCAUGCGCGAGCUUCGCAAGCGUUCCAGCCAGGGCGGCUUUGAUUUCAUGCCGCGCGCAUCGGAUGCCUACUACAAGAACCUGCCAGCGAAGAUUGGAGACGUGCUGACACCGGAGCAGUACAAGCAGGUUCAGGAGCUGGGCCUGCUGGUGGACAAGGAUGACCAGGGCGUGCUGCUGCAGAUAUUCACGCAGCCGCUGUCGGAUCGUCCGACGGUGUUCCUGGAGAUAAUCCAGCGCAUCGGCUGCAUGCACGAGCGCGCAGAGCCGGCCUCGGCCGUGCCGCCGGUCAUGGAGCAGGCCGGCGGCUGCGGCGGGUUCGGCAAGGGCAACUUCUCGGAGCUCUUCAAGAGCAUCGAGGACUACGAGCGCCUGCUGGACAUAAAUUGAGCGGCUGCAGUAUCGUCAGAGUGCUUGAAGCUUGUUGAGGGAGUCAUGCGUAUGAGCGCUUGCUAAGCAUCGAUUGAGGAGCAGCACUUGUGUCAGGACUAUAAUGCUGCAGAACAAACAAACAACCCAUUAGUGUUCCCUGCGCAGAAAGAAAUCAGAGUACUUGAACCAUGUUGAGGGAAUUGAACCAUACGCGCGCUUGCUGAAGAUGAAUUGAGCAGCAGCAGAUGUGCCAGAUUGCUUGGAGCGUGUCGAGGGAUUGAGCCGUCAGAGUUUUCGGCACAGCAAACAGUGUUGUGUGUGGAUGCAUGGUGGAGUAACUUGCCCUUGAUGGGGAGAAUGUUAAGCUUGCAAUUGCAGCAAUGCAGGGCUUAUAUUUGGACUAGGCUUUGUUGUCAUGCAGUGAUAGGAGACUUGUAGAAGUUGAAUAGACAUGUACAAUAUCUUGAAUCCUAGCAUUGUUGAGGACAUGCCAUUCAUGAUGUUGCUCGAUAACAGGAGUAUGUUGUCGGACAAAUUUCACCCCCACAGGAAUAGGUGCAACUUUUGCGGCUGCACUCCAUUCAAGAAACGAAACGAUCCGGAUCAAGAGUAAAUUAUCUCAAAGGCCUUUUGUUGCAGUGCAAGACUUGAAUACUGGAGAUUCUGUUACAUGUGGCUAUGAAUGUAAAUGAUGAUAUCCUGA